AUGAAACCUGCCAUACUGAUUCUCUGUCUGCUGGGAGCAGCCUAUGCUAAUCCAAUCUUGCAUAAAAAGACUAUGGAGAUGAUUCAACAUGCAUCCAACUCUUCGGAAAGCUCUUCAAUGUCUGAAUCCUCCGACCAGAGUAAUACCUCAGAACUUUCAGAAGAGAAGUCUAAGGAAACUGUCUCCGACAGCAAUAGUUCAGAAUCAAUUGAAUAUGACUCAAAUGAACCGAUUUCAAGUGAAAGCCAUUCUGUCGAAAGUCUGACUGGAAAAAGCGAGACUGCACUGACAUCAGAUAACACUCAAAGCAGUAAAGAGAAUGUUCGUAGGGGCUGGAUCUACACCCUCAAAUGGGUCCAUAUUAACAACAACGGCAAAGUGCAAGCGACCAGCCAGCCAGAAGAGAAUGACAUCAAAUCCACUAGUGACGCAUCAAAAAAAAGCAGUGAAUCAAGUGAAAGCAAGGAAAUGGUUGUUCUGAACACAAAGGAGGAGGAUAACAGUGCCGACACAAGUGAAAGCACUGAAAACAGUUAUAGUGUUGACGGUACUGAGUACAGUACCAGCAAUAGCAGCAGCAGCAGCAGUAGCAGCAGUGAAAGCACUGAGUCCAAAAACAGUGCAGCAGACAGCGAAAGCCGCUCAGCUGAGUGCCAGCCAGAGGCUGACAGCCAAGAAUGUGACAGCGAGGAAGACUUUCCUCAGGAUAUCGGUGAUGAUGGUGCAACCGACCCUUUCAAUGGCAUCCUAAUGCCUGAUGUCACUGAGCCCUAGCAGCAGUUUAAGACGUCACUUUAUGACUCAAUGCUCUGAUAUCUGCAAGUGGAAAUCCCAGGAAUAUAUUAAAAUGGGAAUGUUCUAUUGAGGAAAAUAUUUAA